AUGCCCCGCGUCGAAGAGCGCCGCGACGGCAAGGACAGCGCCUCGCUCUUCGUAGUGGCGCGGAUCCUGGCGGACCUUAACCAACAAGCGCUGGCGCCCGCCCCCGCGGAGCGCAGAGAGGGCGCCGCGCCCCGGAAGGCGAGGACCCCCUGGCGCCUGCCGCCCGCCCCACCACCCGCCCCCGAGCCCACCUCCCCCGGCGCCGGCGGCGCGGCGGCCGCGCCCCUCAGCCCAGCGUGGAGCGAGCCCGAGCCCGAGGCGGGGCUGGAGCCAGAGCGAGAGCCGGGACCCGCGGGGAGCGGCGAGCCCGGCCUCAGACAAAGGGGCCGGCGGGGUCGAAGUCGCGCCGACCUCGAGUCCCAGCAGAGAAAGCACAAGUGCCACUACGCAGGCUGCGAGAAAGUUUACGGGAAAUCCUCGCACCUCAAGGCGCACCUGAGAACUCACACAGGGGAGCGCCCCUUCGCCUGCAGCUCGCAGGACUGCAACAAGAAGUUCGCGCGCUCUGACGAGCUGGCGCGGCACUACAGCACGCACACGGGCGAGAAGUUCAGCUGCCCCAUCUGCGACAAGCGCUUCAUGCGCAGCGACCACCUGACCAAGCACGCGCGCCGCCACGCCAACUUCCACCUGGGGAUGCUGCAGCGGCGCGGCGGGGGCUCACGGACCGGCUCACUCAGCGACUACAGCCGCUCGGACGUCAGCAGCCCCACCAUCAGCCCGGCCAGCUCGCCCUGA